GUACUCAUACAGCAUGCGCUUCGCGGCAUCUGUUAUCCGAUCGUUGCCAGUGCCUGUCCAAAUCUCGGAGCCUGCCUAGUCUGUCCGGAUCCUUCAAGCAUGUCUUGUGAUUCCGGACGGUUAGAUGUCAUGGGCGUCAUACGUCUCGUGGUGGUGGUGGUCGCGCUGAUCACUUUGGGCGCGGAGUGUGGUCCGAAGUCUCCUCCUCGCCCACCGCAUUCCCGUUACGUGUGA